UGGCUUGACCUCUUGUACAUAAGUCUUGCAACUGGUUUUAACCACAGUUACAUUAUUGACCAUGUAGGGAUAUAAGCGACCAAUUCACAGCCAUUGGGGAAAACCUUGUGUGUAGAACACGCUGAUAAAAUAAAGGCGGUUUUAUGUGUGGGGGUGACAUUCACAUUAUCUGGAUAUCACUUUGCUGCUAGUGCAUGUGUUUGCAUGAAAGAGUAGAGAGCUAUGAUGAAUUUAUGAAGGGACUGAAUAUCUUGUGAAACCUGUGUUGGAUGAUUAUGAAGCUGGAGUAGUUGAGGAUUUUACUGACGCAGGUGUCCAUGGCAACUGUUUGACGUAAUUGACUGACAUUUGAAGAAUGAAGAAAGCACUGUGACUGAGGUAAAUUUUCCAGUUUAGCCUGAGCAGUAGAGAAGGUGGCUGCAUGGACUAUAGACAGUGCAGAGACAUUGGAAUUCUGCCCUGGUGUGAUACAUAGUGAGGUGUAGCCUUACAUUGUUAGGUGUAGCCUUCCUGCAGAGACUGUCAUACACCUACCUAGCUGUAGAGGUCAGAAGCCACCAUUACCACAGGACUUACGGAAAUAUUCGCAUUUCAGGAUAAACAGGAAAAAUUACAUACCUGUAGUUUUGUUAUUUGGAUUUAUUUAUGUUCAUUCAUAACUUAAAAUGAAACCGUCUGAAAUGUGUCGGAUUUUGUUUGUGCUUGGAUUGGGAGCAUUGGUUCGAGGACAGGAUUUAAAAUACCAGCCUACGGGAGAUGCGGCCUCGAGUGAGACUCUCUCACUACUGUGGGGAAUCUCAGACUCGACUGCCUACGUUGGAAAAUUGUUUCGAUACACUCUGCCGGCUGACGCAUUUCAAGGGAAUAUUGUCCAUUAUGAUGUGACGGAAGCUGGGAAGACGGCGUUACCAGCCUGGCUGAAGUUCAACCCACUGAAGACAGAGCUCAAGGGCAUUCCUGGAGUCGAGGACAAGUCCGUGAUAUACCUGGAGGUCAAGGUCACCGGUGAGGACGGCUCCACAGCCAGUGACGUGUUCUCCAUCGAGGUCCUUGACGACACAAACAGCCAGGUGAACGCCGUGUCUGCUGGUGGAUCAUCCAAGAUCGUUCACUGCAAACGGGACGAGCCUCAAACCAUAGUGACCGUCAUUGUUGACUGUGACCUUCACACUAUGGACCUUGACAACAAGAUGAAUCUCCUUGACAACGUAGUCAACCACCUAAAUUUGGUACCGGAGACCUUAAAACUGCUGCCAGUUGGGAAUAAGCCAAUGUUUGACAGCAGUGCUCUCGUCUAUGGGCCAGGUAAUGUGAAGGAACCGAAAACCUCCGGAACACUGCUGUCCUGGAUGAUAGGCUGUGGACAGGUGGGCGAUGAGCACCUCUCUACUCUCACCCAGGUCCAGAACGCGGCAGCCAACGGCGACAUGAGCACUGCACUCGGACAUAACAUCGUUGGAUGGCACGUCACGAACACGAGGUUCCAGGUGAAGCCUCGGAGACGAAGGGCUGCGACGGCCACACCCACUUUCACCCCUCCCGCCCCCACCAAGGUCGUGGACGUCACCUCUACGCAGGCUAUCCAGUCCUCUCCUGCGCAGAUCAUGCCGACCAAGACCAUCGAUGUGCAACCUACUAAGAUGACUGAUAAGCCUAGCACACCCACCACAACUACUCCUGCAAAAAUUCAGCCCUCUGAGACGACAAAGAUGACGCAGACAGCAACAACCCCGACCACACAUCUUCCCACCACAUCUCAGAGGAUCACUACAACUGUUGUUACCACGCCAACAUCGAAGCCAACCACCACGCCAAUACCUGUCACGACCCCGAAGCCAACAACUAAGCCACCCACUCAAGCACCUACAACAACAACCACUAAGACUACGCCCAAACCUGAAACUACAACUAAGCCAUCAACUCAAGCUCCUACAACAACAACCAAGACUACGCCAAAACCCGAAACUCCAAAAGUGACUCCAGCUCCAACAACUCCAAAACCUCUCUGCCCUCUAGGAGAUUUGAGCAUACCACCAAGGGUCAACAACCCAACAGGUGACAUAAAUAUUGAAGCAGGGGAGAUUCUCAGAAAGAAACUGAAUGAUGACACUUUCCUGGACUGUUACGAUUUGUCCACCAAUAACCUGGUCCUUGAAGUGCUCGAUAUAAAUGGUGCUCGGCUGAGUAAGGACUUCUUUUUGACAGUGUCCCAGUCCAGAUCUUCUAAGCCUUAUUCGUUUAUUGCGAAUCCCUUGCACACGGAUGUCGGUGUCCAUCCAUUGAGGUUAAGCGCUAUGAAUAGCAAUAAUCAGAAAGUUUUCCAUUCGUUCACAGUAACUGUGCACCCGAGCUCCUUGAAAUCGAAAGCUCCUAGUCAUGAGUUGAGUAUGUCUAUUGACACUAACUUUGACGAUUUCAUGUCUGAUUUCGAGAACCGAAUUGAACUGUCGAAUAAAGUGGCGACCAUUUUUGGAGAUAAGAAUUCUCGUUCGUUGACAGUGACAAGACUUGAACGUGGCUCUGUGGUGUAUGCCUGGACAAACAACACCGUAGGUUCGUCAGGCUGCCCCAUUACUGAAUUGAGGGACAUGGUAGGAAGAAUGUUUAACAACGAUGGUACUCUAACUGAUGAGGCUAAAGAGGCAAUGGACCCGUACACGGUUACCUCAGCAGGGGCAGUGCCAAUGGGAGAAUGUGAAAACCACCCUAACUUCCCAUCUAGAAAGUACAUGAAAGACAAACCAAAACCAGAAACCACAAAGGCACCAACAGCAAAAACAACCACUGAAGAGAAGAUAACGAUAAAGCCGAUUCCACCUAUUCCAACGGACGAACCUGAAGAUACUGGAGAGAAUGAAGAAAAGAGUACAAGGAAACCCCAGUCCACAACUCUGGGUGUGGCCGCGGCGGGGGCAGGUUCAGGGGGUGGUAGCGACAUCUGGAUCACGACCGUGGUUCCUGCGAUAGUGGUGGUCAUAGUUCUCAUAAUAGCCCUCACGGUUGCCUGCUGCCUCUACAGGAAGAAGAGGAGGGGCAAGAUGAAGCUGCGAGAACAGAACGAGUACUCGCAGAACAAGGGCGUCCCAGUGAUCUUUGCCGAUGAGUAUGACGAGAAGCCCAACGAGGCAUCGCGCCCGCUGAUCUAUGAUGACGAGAAACCGCCCGUUCCGCCGCCAGGGUACCAGCGGGCACCGAGCGAGGGUAGCGGGAAGAGUGGGAAUUCUGGAUCCACUCAGCACGGGGCGGAGGAAAUAGAGAUGGACGAAACGGACGAAAUGUCGCCCAUCUAUCCCCCACCUCCUCCAGUGACUGGUAGCCAUCAUAACAAGCCCCCACAUGUACAAAGUUCACGGGGACCCCCGCCUUAUGUUCCUCCUUAGAAGUACAAACUAAUGUGAAAAAACUAGUGUGAAAUGUGAAAAACUAGUGUGAAAUGUGAAAAAACUGUGUGGAUUGUUCUUAUGUGUAUCAGAGAUAUAGGUUAUUCAAUUUGUUUUUUAGAUUACUAGUAUACAUCUGUGUUCUUCAAGAGUAACAUAAUGUCUGAUUUUUAAUUAUUGAUUUAGAAGCUUUUUAAUGAAGUGAUAUUAAAACAAGGUUUUAUAAAGAUUGACAGGAAAGAAAAAUUGAUAUUAGAUUGUGUCUAUUUCAAUGACGGCCAGUCGAUUGGUCAGGGAGCAAAUAUCUUUAGCCAUAAUGCAAGUAGUGUUUUAAUGUCUUUAGUCAUAAUGCAAGUAGUGUUUCGAUGUUAAUGUUGUGUUCAAAGAUUGGUAGGUUGUAACCUAUUGAAAGUCUAAGAGAGACAACUCUUGUUAAGCAACCAGUGUGAAACUUCUGAGUAGUUACCCUUUACAAGGUGCUGUGUUCUUUCACAUUUAUGUGUACAUAGUGUUGUGGAUAUGUAAAAGACUGUGCUAUCACUAAAGUGUUGUGAAGUUUCUAUUGUACGUUUAUCUGAAAUGUAUUUUUCACAACCAUGCAUCAACUACUUUGGGUGGUUAUGCUAUUUUAAACAUUUCCAUUCAACACGUUUAACAUCUUUCAAUUUAUCACAUUGGUAAAACUGUGUUAUGGUGAACCAUUCAUGUUUUGGUAUUACAUUGUUCAUGUAAGUGAUUUGUUGGUUGUUGAUUUAAUGUUAAGUAUUUUAAGUACUUUUGAUUAAAAUUAUUUGACGCAGUUUCAAGAGGAAACUAUUGUUAUUGACUAAGAUGUUAAGUAUUUUUAUAUACUAAAGUACUUUUGAUAUAAAGUAUUUGAUGCAGUUUCAAGAAGAAACUAUUGUUAUUGACUUUAAUGUUCAGUGUUUUUUUACUUAAAUAUUUUGGAUUUAAUUAUUUGAUGAAACGAAGAAACUGUUUGUUUACUCUGACAAAUUAUGGUUGUGAGAUGUUAUGAUGACCAGAAACUGACUCUUACUUUUAACUCUUUGCAUGCUGGGUAAUUUGUCUUCUGCUAAAAUGUCGUCUGCAGAAUUUCUAAAAUUAGCAUUUUCUUCGAUUUUUUUCAAAGAAUACUAUCAGAAUAGCAAACAGUUUGGAUCCUGAUGAGACGCCACGUUCUGUGGCGUCUCAUCUGGAUCCAAACUGUUUGCAAAGGCCUUUAAAAUUCAGCUCCAGCGCUUUAAGGGUUAAAGUUUCACAGGAACUCUUGUCUAAUACUUUUACCACUUAGUAUUGUAUUUUUACGCAUUUGUGGUCCCUCAGAAAGUUAAAUUUUAUUAAAGGCCUUUCUUACUGGAUUAAAUUUUUAAAGGCUUUAUUUAUGGUGCACAUGGAAUUAAAACCGUAUAGGGAGACAGUUGACGAAAGCCAAAUAUUUUCCAGUGAGGGCCCUGCAAGAAUUUAUACAUGUCCAUUUGUGAAUAAUAUUUGUAUGUACACAUUGAAUUAAACCAGUUUAAGAAAGACAGUUAAAAUAAUUCACCUUUUAAAGUUACCCUGUUCUUUUAAUGUUCCUGCAUGUUCACUGCUCCUUUUCACUGUUGAGUUUGCUGUAUUUUUUUAAAAAGUAAACCUGUUACACCAAGAAGUGGAUUCAAUAAAAGUGUAGUUGGCCUCUAUCAAAACCCCAUGAAUAAACUGACUAUAAAUAAGCACUUGCAAUUGAUAAAAUUCAACAUGUAUUGUAGAGAGUUUCAUCAAAUCACUUGCUCAAAUAUAAUUGCCACAGAUUGGACAGGUCACAACUUCAAGUCUUGAAGCAUCCAGAACUUAUAUCUGUGUAGUUUUCGUAUGCGUUUAUCUUCAAACCGAUGCAUCCAUUAUAGGGUGUUAUCUUCAUUGUACAAAUUGUUAUAUCUUAUAAGUAAUACAAAUAUUAAUACUAAGAUUUACAAAUUAUUAUAUUUUAGUAAUAUCAUAUGCUGUUAUACGUCUUGUCAAAUAAAUAUAUACUGUAUAUAGUAGUAAAUCACACGCUUGUAUAAAUGAUCGUACAUGAAUCCUUUGCCAUUUUAAUGCCAUUGCUAAAACUAAAUACGUCAUAUUACACUCAUUUAAACUUGAUAUCGAGUCAAUUUCUUUCACUAUCGCAUAGAAUUGUGUGCUUGUGGAUAUAAAUAUGUUAGAAUUCUAUAAUAAUUGGAUAUUUUAUAUGAAAUACAAUUUCAAUUAAACCUCAAACUAAAUAAUAAUUUAAUUAUUUAAUCUAAAAGCAUAUUUUUAAAACACAUUAGUUUUUUUAUGUCUUUAUUCCCAUUAAAAACAAUUACCCAGUAAUUGUGACUUUCUAAUUAAAAUUAUGUUAUAUUUUGUGUGUGGCCAAUACAGGUAAAACUAUACCUAAGAUAUGCAAGAUAGAUUGCUUAUGCAUAUUCUCAGUAGACGCCCAUAUCAAGCGCAAGUGAAUUCAUGGUUUGGUUGUGUGUAACCUUGCUGCCAUUAAACAUGAUCACAUAUUUAUUAUUGAAAAUAAAAGAAAUAUCUUUUUAA